CCGCAGCUCCCCCUGCGGCCGCGCUCCGCCUCACCGGCCCCUGCCGCUCCGCGCCUGGGGCUCCGCGGGCGGCUGCAGCCGAGCCCGGGGCAGCGGCCGGGCACCGCCGGGCCAGGGCCAGGGGCAUCUCCCGGCUGCCAUGAGAGCGAGCUAGGGGGGCGCCGCAGGCGGGGCAUUGCCUCGCAGCAGCACCAGGACGAGGACGCGGAGGAGGGGGCAGCAACAAGCGGGGCCUCGCUGCCAGCAUGGGAGCCAAGUGGGAGCCGCCGCUUGCCCACGCCAGGAGCCGGCUGUUGGGCUAGAGCUGCCGCCCGCCCCGCCUGCAGGGAUUGCAGAUCUGCACAGUGAUUCCCUUGGAUGUGAAUGCAGUGUCCCCUGUGGGAUGCAGUAGGUGAUGCCCAGCUCUACUGCAAUGGCCAUUGGAGCUCUCUCUAGUUCUCUUCUUGUCACCUGCUGCCUCAUGGUUGCCCUCUGUAGUUCUACUAUCCCUGUGCAAAAACUGGCCAAGGCUCAAGACAAACAGGAGAUCAAGACAAGCCAGGAAAAGAGAGAUCACGCCUCCACCAGGGACAGCCAGACAGGCCCUGGGAAAAUGAAUGAAAUCGGCAGGAAUGGGAGGGAGGAGGGCACCAGAGAUUGGAAAAGCAAAGGAAACAGAAAUUAUUCAAGCAAAGACUCUUGGACUAAGCAGAAGCAGGCUUGGACUACUCAGGGAGCCAGCAGUAAAUCUGGGAAUAUUGAAGAUCAAGAGCAGAGCGACGGUGUCCCGGAGGACCCUCAGGGGGCUGAAGAUCCCUCCCUGCCAGAAGCUAUAGCAAGCACUACACCUGAGCCCCCCGAGGAGUAUGCUUAUCCAGACUACCGUGGGAAAGGAUGUGUAGAUGAGAGCGGCUUUGUUUAUGCUAUCGGGGAGAAGUUUACUCCAGGCCCCUCUGCCUGCCCCUGCCUUUGCACUGAAGAGGGACCUCUGUGCAUACAACCUGAGUGCCCAAGACUCCACCCCCGGUGCAUUCAUGUCGAUACCAGUCAGUGCUGCCCACAGUGCAAAGAGAGGAAGAACUACUGUGAAUUCAGAGGGAAGACCUACCAGACUCUGGAGGAAUUCAUGGUUUCCCCAUGUGAGAAAUGUCGCUGUGAAGCCAAUGGUGAAGUGUUGUGCACAGUGUCUGCCUGCCCUCAGACUGAAUGUGUGGACCCAGUCUAUGAACCAGAUCAAUGCUGUCCCAUUUGCAAAAAUGGCCCGAACUGCUUUGCAGAAACCACUGUCAUUCCAGCAGGCCGAGAGGUGAAAACUGAUGAAUGCACUAUAUGUCAUUGUACUUAUGAAGAAGGCACUUGGAGAAUUGAACGACAAGCUAUGUGCACUAGACAUGAAUGCAAACAAAUCUAGGAAACCUACAAAUCAAAGUACUUUGAUUUUUUUAUAAAACAUUUCACUGCGGUGAGCACCCAAGAUGACUCUGGGAAAUCUGAAUCAUUGUAAUUAGAAGAUUUGGGGAAGGAGAAAAGAAUGGCAUCCUGGUAUUUUGUUUUUCAUAGUAACAUAAUACUGCAAGGCAAAGAAAUGCACAUAUUUAAAGAAGUUUGGACAUAAAGAUUCCUGUCUUAAUAAAUGUGUUUUAUUUUCACAGCGAGUACACUGAAGUAUACUCUAUCAAAUAUUCAAUGUAUUUCUAUAAUCCCAUUAUAGAUCUUAAAAAUAAAUGUUUUAUAUAGAUAAUACAGAUUAAAAUACUGUAUGGUCACCUGUCCUAUUGUAUACAUGAACCAUGCCUAAACCAUUUCCAUUCUAGUUUUAUCAUCUUUUUCUUUUUUCUGUUGUGGGUAACAAUAAUUUGUGCCUGGCCAGGAAAUAGCCAGAGAUCACAGACUUUAGAUACUUUAAAAAAAUAUAUGUGGUGUUUCAAAAAAUAUUGCCGUGCAAAAGUGAGCCCAGUCCUCUUCUCAGUUUACUGGUGCCUCCCCAGAAAUGGUGUAAUUGGGAACAAAGCUUGAAACUGCAACUUCUGUAAUACCCACUAUGAAACUCUGGUUGGAUAAAUCACAUUGAUCCCAAAAAAAUGAAUUUGUCUGAUGCAUCACAUGAGGACUAAUUCCAUAGUGAUGUAAAUUGUAGCGUCCUAUAUCUAGGAUGAAGAACUGUAAGUAGCAAAGCAGUGUAAUUUGCAAUUUCUUAACAUUUAAACAGUAUGCAAAUUAAGGUAACCAAAACAACAGAGGGUAAAGGGAAUGCAGCAGGUGAAGCAAGUAAAGGAAAGAAGAUUAAGCAGGACUCUUAUAAGAAGUUUUUUUCUGCUACUAAGGUCCUGAUUGACGAAAUUAUUUCCAUGUGGUGUUCACUUUAAGCUAUAGUUUUCUCAGAAAGGGAAACGUUUGUGAAUCCGGCAGAAUACAGUGUUAGUGUCAUGUUAACUACCUUGUUACUUAGGUACAUGAAAAAUUAUUUACAUUAUUUGGUUCAGAGACUUCUAUCAGUUCACCAUGGGUAAAAUGCAAGCCUCACUGAAGUUAAUGGAAAUGUUGCCAUUGACAUCAGGAUUUCUCUCCCAGUCUGGAGUUUUCGUAUACAUAUAUGCUUUAUCAGGUUAUUUUUCCAGAUAUAUCAUAGACAAAAACGAUCAAGUAAAGAGUUAUAUGCAGAGGACACAAAUAUGCCAGACAGACCGAAGCUAGGUAUGUAUAGCUAUUCCAAAUCUGACUAAGAGCAAUCACAAGAUACACCUCAAGACAUAGCCUCAGUCCCCCCAGGUGGAGAGAGAGAGAGAGAGAGAGAGAGAGAAAGAAGUCUGAGACAGACUGCUGUAGCUGAUCUGCUUGAACCCCUCUUACCUGUUAAAAUUGUUUCCCUCAAGCAUAUACACACCAACGUAAAAACCUCCAACGUUGCAGUUGAAAUAGAAGUGAUUCUGCAGCAACUGGAUUGCCAACAGGUGAGUACUAAAUACCUCACCAUAAAAAUGAACUGUGAGUCAGAGUGCUUGGUUCUGCUGCACUUCUUAUUCCCUGAAUAGCAAUGUCUAGCUCAGUAGGUUCCUACUCCAUGAGUGUGUGUACAUGAGACACUUUACUGUGAAGUAGUGUAGUUUACUGUGCAGUAAGCAUUUGCACCUACAUGUGCUCAUGCUUACUACACAGUAAACCUCACUAUCGCAAGUAAAUUUGCAAAUGCAAGUAGCAAGUGUAUUCAUGAAUAGUUAUUGCAUAGUAAUGCCCAACAGGGAGCAAAUAUGCUCCCAGUUAGCCAGUCACUGAGGGUGGGAGAUUGCUCCCUGCCCCUGGGAGCUGCCUGCUGCUGGGGCAGGCUCUGCCAUUGCAGCCUGGGUGGGGACUAUGUCCCCCUGCCCUGGCAGUAAGGAGCUCCAAGACCCUUGCUUUAAGAUUGAAAUCAGAGAGUGGGGGUUGGGAAUUCCUUAUCUCCCAGCCCCCAUUUUGUCAUCACAAUUGCUGGCAGGGGUUGGGGAGCCUGUUCCCCGCCCAGCUCCAUGUGUGCAGAGCUGGGGAGGGAACAGGCUCCCCAGCCUGUUCUUCACCCAGCUCUGCAAUUACAGAGCUGAGCAGGGGAAAAAACUCCCCUGCCUGUUUCCCACCCAGCUCCGUGACUGCAGAGCUGAGAAGGGAACAGGCUCUCUACUCCUUGACCUGCAAUUGUGGAGCCAGGGCUGGGAACUGUCCCAGUCAGGGGCAGGUCCCAGCCCUGCAUCCCGAUCUGGAGAUUGAGGCAUGGAGCUUGGAAAGAGCUUCAGGGGUGGGGCAGGUCCCAGCCUGCUGCCAACUUCCACCUGUGGUGCAGGUAGUAGCGAGCCCUCAGCUGGGUAGAAAAUUCCUGCCCAGCCAGGGGCUCACUAUUAGCUGCACCAUGGGUGGAUUGGGGCAGGGGGCUGGGACCUACCCCUCACCUGCAGUUCUUUCCAAGUCCCCUGCGUGGAUCAGGGAUGUGGGGCUGGGAGCUCCUUGCUGCUGGGCCAGGGGGACAUUGUCCUUGCCCUGGCAGCAGACAGCCCCCUGGAGCAGGAAGCAAUGUCCCAGCUCAGUCCUUCCUGCCAGCCCCUGGGCUAGCACCUAGGGGGAGCCUAGAGCUUCCUCUGUUGUUGGCAGGAGCCCUUUGUAAGGCUGCAGGAAGUGAGAGCAGUUUGCUGCUAGGAGCAGCAAAUCUGCUCCCAGAUCCCUGCAUGUGUAGAUGCCUGCUUGGAAGCCUUUACUGACAAGUAAACUGAUCACAGAUCAAAUGCACGUGUAGAUGCACCCCAUGUGAGUCAAAAGAAGAGUAUGGCUCUAAAUCAGGUCCAUAUCUGAUUCACUAGGUCUGUGUUGAUCUAUUGAUUUCACUGAGAUUACUCAUAAAAAUGAAGCUAGCAAGCUAGGUCCUGAAUUACUAAGACCUAGAUCUUUCCUACUGAAAUCAAUGGCAGUUAGAUGCUUAAAUAUGUCUGAGAAUUUUAGUCUGAAAGCCUAUUCCUAACUCUUUCCACUGUACUAAUAUGAUAUUCCAUGUUUGUUUCCUUGAGACUAGUGGACUGUUUGCAUAGAAGCUUCUAUUCAAUGCGAGUUAAAGCAGCAAAAUUGAAACUAAUUUAUGUAACUUGCAGGAACUGGGAUUCAGAAUAGGAUGAUAAACUGUCUACCUUAUCGGGACAUUUACUAUUGUAUUUAGGUAGCAAAAUGAUAUGAAAUUUACCAUAUUUACAUCUCUUAAAGCAUGUGUCCAUAAUGUUUAACUUUAAAACUUUUAAUUGCAUGAAAACCCAGCCUCUCUUCCACUCAAGAUCCUUGCUAAGAUCACGUUUCUGUUAGGCUUGGAUUUCCAUUUUGUUGGGAGCUUGGUUAUCUUUCAAGCAGUAAGUACAUAAGUAAAUGAUUUAUAUUUUUUCAGGAGCAAAACUAGGGCAGAGAGAGUGGGGCAUCAGCACUGGGCACCAACUAUUGAGGAAGCACCAGAGAUAUAUCUGGCAAUCUUUUCAAUGGCAUGAGCCACCCUGCCUGGCACAGAAGCAGGCAGGAAGGACAGUGUCUCUGGGGAAAAGCAAAAUGGUGGUCCCUACUGCCUUCAGAGAACCUGCUAUAGCAGGCAUAGCCCUAUACCCAGUAGUAUAUUUGGGGGGCACAAGAGAUGACUCUCAGGGAGCCCAGCCACGGGGGCUACUCCUGCCUGAGCCAAUGCUGCUAUAGAAGCAGCAGCAGCAACCACCUUUGCAGAGAAGAGCAGCAGGUAAGACUUCACUAAUCCUCCAUCCCCCACCCCCCUGCUGUCCGGGAGUUGGCAUACCCUCCUACGCCCUUGCCCAUCUAAGGUGCUGAAGGGACUUCUUAUACCUCUGUAUUUUCCCCAUUAUGCUUUAGCUGGGCUGGGGUGAUAUUUGGCUGGGGUGUUAUGACCCCGGCACUCGUUCCUGCCCGGGACAGGGGGUCAGACCUGAUGAUCUGUUUAGGUCCCUUCUGACCCUUAGCACUAUGAAACUAUAAGCUAUUCCAAAUGUUUCAAAAUGUCUUAUAUGAUUAUUUAAUAAUUGGUGAAAGGAACCUAGAAACAGAAUGACCUUAACUUAAAUGGACUUAAGGAAUACCCAGUUACCUAGACUUACCCAGGGAUGUCAGCACUCCCUCUCCACAACAACUAUGAUUGCUCUUCUUGUUAGCAGCCUCAACUGAUGCAAAAGGACUGCGAGAGCCUGAGGGCUGUUCUACUGCUGCUAAGUGAGGUAGAGCCACCUUGGCAAUGUCAUACGGGGUACAUGUAGGGCUUGUGUAUAAAAGCUUUAAACUCUUGGGCUGUCAGUUGGGUAUCUUGAACCUGCACUCAUUCUCUAGCAUGUAAAAGGUGGUAAUAGGAAUGCUUCAGAUAGACCAUGGUUUAUGCAGUCAAUGGAGAAAAGUACAUGAAUUAAAUUUAAAAACAAGGUUGCUUGUAACCUGUUCUUUAUGUGCCGAGGCCUCAAGUGGAAACACCUUACAUAUAGUCUUUCAAGCAGCAGUGGAAAAGAAAAAUGAAACUUUACUGAGUACAAAAUACAGUUAGGGAGUGAGGACUCCUAAGCCUUUUACAGCAAAAUAGAAUGUUUUGAUGGCCGUGUUAAAUAUCGGUGUGAAAAUCUGCAUUUAUCUGAAUCUCACCAGCCAGGCAACAUAAUAUUGCUGUUCACGUUGAGAAGUUCCUGUUUAACUUCCACAUUAAAAAAAUGUAGAAUUAAAAUCCAGCUGCAUAGUUUUUAAUGAUCAGAGCCCAGAGCAUGUUGAAUAGUGCAGACUCCCAGACAGAGUGAGAUGUCUUCAUUUGAGGUUUGAACAAAAUAAACAGUAAAGCAAUGAAAGCAAGCUCAAGAUGUUUCUUGAACAGCCACUUUAUUGGUUAUUGGAAGUUUAAUUUAACUCUUUUCAGUGUGUAAAUUCCAACAAGUAAAAUGUAUUUACUGAAGUGAAAAAUGUCAGUUUGCCAUAAAAUACAAGCCUGUGUGUAAUAUAAGUAUUUGAUUUAGAAAAUACAUUUGGUUUACAGAUUAAUGUAUAUUGUCCAAAACAGGUAAUUUAAAGUGAUCUGAGUCACUUUGAUGGUUCAUGAAUACACUUGUCUUUAAAGGUGAUUUGGUCUUUUUGGGGGCAAUAGGGGAUUUUCCUUCCCCAGCUGUUAUCAGAGGCAUUUGCAUGAAUACAGAAUGUCUGCUUUUAAUUUGCCUGCUUCUUCCCGAUUUGAAAUCAGAACCAAAUUACUCUGCACAAUUUUACUGAUGUAAGUGGAGUUAUAAUAGUGGCAAAUUGGCCUUUAAGACAGCCUAAGUAUCAUAUGCCUUCAAAUAAGAAAUAGGCAGUGCACAGUUGUAAAAUAAAAUUCUAGUGCCUGGAAAAAUGCACGUAAUGCUAACAGUGGGGGAAGGGAAACCAGAAAAUGCAAGAAAGAAAUGUUGUUCUUAAACGUAACUUUAAAAUUCCCUCUACUGUGGUCUUUCUAGCCAUAUUCACCAGCAGUUUCCAUCCAACAUGAAAGGCAUUAUGGGAGAUUUUUUUUUUAUUACACUAUUUAAACCAAGUAAAAUGAAUGUUGAUGUUUUCCUUUCUAAGUGUUCAUGUACAGAUUGGAGAAAGAGGAUUAGAAACUCAGAUGCGUAGAAAGUAAUAUAUUAUGAAGUCAAAGGCUGGUGUAAUAGCAAAAAGAAUGAGCAACUGGGAAUCAGCAAAAGGAAAAUUGAUAAUGGCUUGAGAGUGAUAGCAGAGGAAAUAUAACAAGUCAAACAAAAAGGAGAAAACUCCCUGAAUAUGGCUACAGGAGAGUGAUGGAGUGGAAGCUACCAUAGGCGUAGGAGAUAAAUGAAUGUGGUAAAGGUGGCCCACUUGGAGGAGUGGGCUGUUCCCACAGUACACAUUAGAAUGAAGGAAAGGGAAAGUCUCAUGGAACAUGAAGGAUGUUGUAUGCCAAAAAAGGGAGAUCAAGCAUUAACUGGGAAAAUAAUAGAAGAUUCCCUGCUUUCUGGGAAAAGAUCUCCUUGCUUCCAGUUGUGCAAUGGAAUACAGAUUAGGCUUUCAUGAUAUUAAAAUGAAAAUAAUUAAUAGUAUCUUUUUAUGGCAAUUAUAGUAUAUAUGCCAUGAUAUCCAUACCAAGUAUAGAGAAUUUUCAAAAGAAAUUAAUUUAAAAGUCAGGAUGACACCUACCACUGGAAUUUCUUUCCUCCUUACUUCCCAUUUCUCUAGCUAGCCAGCGUGUUGCCUUGCAAGGCACUCACUACUCUGUUUAUAUUGUUUCAUGAACUAAUUACUGUGUUAUACUGCCCAGUAUUUUAUUGAGGGCAGAGCGAGGCAAACAGCAAUAAACAAUGACAGAAAACAAUAAUGUUGCUUUCCAUUUUACUAUCCAUGCAUUCAGUUCUUCCAUUACUUCUGGGUAAAAAAGGACUUAAGUGAACUUCUUGAAGUUUAAUCUGUCUGAUUCCCCUAAAAAAAUGAACUGUCCUAACACGAAGCACUACAAAAGAUAAAUUGCACAUGAUCAGGAAAAAAUUUAUAGCAAGAACUAGACUCACAUGAAAUGACUAUGGAACCCAAGGAAGCAAAAUAAAAGCCUUUCAUACAGGAAAAUUUAGAUUAAAGUUCAGAAAAUAUCUUGACUGAGAGAUUCAGCUAUAAAUCUGCCUCUUAUCAGAUUAGGUGGAAACACUUAUUUGAUUGGUGUAAUACUACACUGAAGAAAAUAAAAUAUAUUGUACAAACAAUCCUGCAUGGGCAGAGUGGUAGAAAACAUGAACUAAUUAAAGUCUUCAGUCUAAUAGAUCUUUCUGACCUCUAUUCCUUUUAUAUGCUCUCUUCCUCCUCCCCCCACCCCUCCCAAAUCCAGCCUCAUGCUUGAACGAAAAGUUCUGGGAUGCAUCAAGAAGUUGUAAUUGUUUACCUCCUUAGAAGUGAUAGGGAAACAUUAAUAAGUAAUAUUAGUUUAUCUGUAAUGGAAAUAACCUUAUGAUAAUCAGCUGCAGCUAAAUUAACUGAAAAACCAUAUUCGCCUCUGAACUUAUCAAUUUCUGUUUCCUAGUGGCCCACCUGAGGCUAGCAGUUUACUCCUACAACUCUGUGUGUUUAUACACAAGCUUGGGGAAGGGGGGGAGGUGCUUUAAUUAGAGCGGCUCCAAGAGCCACCCUAACUAAAGUGCCUGGAGUGUCUCAUAUAUCAACGUCCCCGUGCUUAAAAAUGGCAGCAGGGGCACUUUAAUUAAAGCUUGUUUGACAAGCUUUAAAGCACCCCCACCAUUUUUAAGCGUGGGAACGCUGAUACACAAGACCCUGGAGUCUGCUGGAGCGUUGGAGCAGAAUUGCUGCUCAUGUAUAGGGACCCUCUAAUUACUAUGAUUAGUUCAAAAGAAAAAACUGAUACACUUCAGAAAUGCAUUGCCAUAAAAAAGAUCUUCCUGAUGGAGAUAUUUAGAAUGUCUGUCACAACAUGUAGUGACUUACUAUUUACAUAAAGUAAACACUGGUAACUCAGGGUAACUACUGAGUUUUUGUCCUUGUAUUUGUCAACCAUCUUGAUAUUGAGUUUGAACAGAAUCAACAUCUGUAAUGUGAUCUUCAUUUCUAUUCCUGCCCCUUCAUACUGGAUAAAAGGUUCCAGAACAGCAUAGAGAAACUCUCUACCGCCACCAACUCAUGCAAGGCAGAGAAUUCUCUUGGCUACAGGCAUUAGAAAAGGCUACUGCAUGCCCUCCACAAGCUGUAUGUGUUUACCUAAAUUAUUUCACCCACAUAUAGUAGAUGAAAUCAUGAAAAAGCAGAAUAAAGCAAAGACAAGUAAUACCAUUUCCUGCACAAUGUUGAAAACUGGAAACUAAAGCAAUAUAAUGAGAAAAAAAAUCUGAUGUGUUUAUUUUUAAGUGAAAGACAUAAGAAAAUAACUUUUCCCUAUUUAUACAUACAAAAUUUGGAUCUUCCAGCUCCACCCAAAAUAUGAGAAAGGAGACUAUGGAAGAUGCAGGUUAAAAAUCAGUUUUAUUGAGCAUUCACUAGCAGCAUAUGUGCAAAUAGGAAUAACUGACCACAUUCUGAUCUCGAUUAGGCUGAAGUAAUCCAAAUUAAUUUGAUUAAAUUCAGAUCAGUUUUCAGAUUAAUACUGGUAUGACUGAAAUCAGACUCUGUCCUGGAGAAAGUAAACAUAAAAAAAUAAUGUGAUGUAAUGAAUGGUUCAGAUAAGAAAAAAAAUCAGCAGUCUUGUGUGGUGCUUGUGUUUAUGGUAGAUAAAACACAACCUAGUGAAAGGCCAAGACAAGGCCUACUACACACCUUUUGUUUUGCAUAAUCUCCUGGUGGCAAGGCUUUGACCUGGCCUGAUGUACUGACUUUCACAAAGUAAGAGGAUUACCAAAAUCGUUUUUAUACUAUGCUAGAGUAUGUAAACAUGUAUUAAGAAGCAAAUCAGAACCCUUACAGGAUUUACCAGAUCAAACUGAAGCAAACUACUGAGACUUAAAACUUACCAAUUCCUUGCUUAUUUGAGCCUGUCCCAAGAAGCUGGUUAGUACUUGAUUUACACCAUCCAUUCAGUCAUGGUAUUGGGUAGCAAUUACAGUUGUUUGGUUUAUUUAUUUUUUUUUAAGAAUAACAGAUUAAUAAAUAUAUUAAGUGAUCUAUACAUUAAAGUUAACAUGCUGAUUAAACUUUUGUCUCUGUUACCUUAAAAUUAAUUGCAUUCAUUUCAGAGGGGUAAUACUGGAAUUAAUUUGCAGUAGGUACUGUACAAAGCUCCAUGUGCUUAUGUUAUUUGGCAUGUUUUUACCAGCACAAGCCUACAUAAUUGCUAAGACAAUACUCACUGUUUCCUAUGCUUUAUCAACCAUUGAUAAGUCAAACUAAUGCUAAGUAAUUUAGUGUUAUUGUGAUUGGCUAAUUAUGGAGAUGACAUUGACGUGCAGUGCUUCGAAGUAGUGUAACAGCAUUUCCAGUUUGCAUCUGUUCAUUCCUAUUUGCCACAUGAAAAGAGAAAUAACUAGGAUUCGGGCAUUUGGUUGAUUCAAGUUGAGUGGUGAUAUCUUAACUUACCGCUAAAGUUUUUUUUCCAACACUGCUUUUUCCCAGCUACUUAUUUUAAAAUGGCAUUUGAUAAAAAUAGCUAUUUUAUAUAUUCUGCUAAAUAUUAGUUAUGCUGUUUAUACUAAUGUUUCAGCAAUAAAAAAGUCAUUCUGUUAAAUCUUCA